AUGGUCGAUUUCGACAAGAUACUGUUUCAAUACUUGGUCGCAGCAGUAUUAUCAAAAAGUCGUCCAACAAACUACAAGAUGCAGACUGCAGGCAAAUCCCUGGAAGAAGCUCUCACCUCCGCAAAAAACGAGGAACGCCUCACAGUUGGUGUCUACGAGUCCGCACAAAUUAUGAAUGAUGACCCAGACAGCGUGGCUUUCUGUGUUCUGGCAACCGAUGAGGGGCACGAGUGGGACAUCGCUCUGCAGAUCCACUUCACCUUAAUCCAGGCCUUCUGCUUCGACAACGACAUCAACAUCGUGAGGGUGAAUGACAUCCAGCGACUGGCUGAGAUCGUCGGGAGCGACGAGUCAGGCGAACCCCAAGAUGCGCACUGCAUUCUCAUCACGAACACCACUGAAAGUUCAUGGGAAGAUCCUGCUCUAGAGAAACUGAACUUGUUCUGUGAAGAAAACCAGAGGUUAAAUGAAUGGGUACCUGCAGUAUCUCUCUGUGAGAGCUGAAGAGAUUUUACAGACCAAGAAGGAAAUGCUUAAUCUCAGAGGAAUAAUCAUCCUGGAGGAAUACAUGUGCAAUGCAUGGAAUUCCUGAAAUCCUUGAUGUUCCUGGAGAGGAAUAGAGGAACCUCUGGUCAGGAGACCCAGAGACCUGAAGGAGGAGAAGACGGACAGUCCCUGUCUCUAUGACCCAAGAUUCACUGGCUUCAUGAGGGGCGAACCAGUGCUUUUCAGUGGCGUGGAAUGUUUUGAGGGACAUAAGGUGCUUGAUGGAUUCUGAAAAUAUUUUGGAAAGCAAUCGCUUGUGAAUUUCCAAGAUCUACACUUGUGAUGCAAAAGCAGUACUCACAGUAUCUAGACAGGAAGAAAAUCAAUAAGAACACGUCACAUGUGUGGGAAGAAGUUCAGAGAACUGCUGAAAGGAAGAAAAAGAGAACAAAAGACUUUUAAAGCUUUUGACACGGAUACCGA